UGCCGCCAACGAUACUUAGUAGCAAAAUCGCGACUAGCUUUAACAUGCUUUACGAAUGGACCGGUCUACACUUCUUGAAUAGAUCUGAUCUUCAUGCCCAUGUCAUGAAGCGCAAAUUAGCACCAGAGCUGUCGAAAUAUCUUGAGAUUGCCGCCCAGGAAGUCGACUAUGGCUGGAAGAUUGAUGUGCCUCAUACGGAUGACUGGGUUGAAGUUGAUAUCCAAGAAAUUAUUCGCAUGCAAGUCGCUCGCAUGUCAGCUAGGAUCUUCGUCGGAGAGCCAGCCUGCCGAGAUCCAGUGUGGCUCAGGUGUUCACACCACAUCUACGAAUACUUCAAUCUUCUUGUUUGAACUUUGCGAGCACCCCGAGUGGCUCCCCCUUUUGCGGGACGAAAUCGAAGAAGUCAACAGACAGACGGGCGAUGCUUCCAGGACUGAUAUCAGACGGUGGCACCGAAACCUAGACCGCAUGGAUUCAUUCCUGUUGGAGUGUUUCAGAUUUCACCCUCCUAUUCUUCUAGUGAGCCCUCAAAGAGUAGCGCUUGAGCCAUAUACGCUCAAGGACGGAACACAUAUUCCCAAGGGGUGCAGAAUCGCAUUUGCCAAUGGCGAUCACCAGAUGGACCCCGAAGUUACGCCAGACCCUCAGACCUUUGACCCGAUGCGGAGCUACCGCAAGCGGCAGUCAGACCGGCUUCAGUACGACAGGAACCAAGCUGUACUUACGGAUUUAAACAACAAUUUGACGUUUGGGUACGGAAACCAGGCCUGUCCGGGAAGGUUUCUGGGCGUGGCUGAGGUCAAAUUCCUGCUUGCGCGGCUACUUACCGAGUUCGACUUCAAAUAUCCUGAGGGUAAAUCUAUGCCUAAGACUCUCCACGCAGAUGAGAACGUGUUCCCCGAGCCAAGCGCAAAGCUGAUGAUGAGGAAGAGGCGAUAUGACUAAUGUGCUUAAAGCGAUUAAAAUUUUCGCGAAGCAUGGCAUUAAUGGGCUAACAUGGUUAUAUCUAAAUUGUCUAUCUAGAAAACUUGCGAGUGCGUUUGUUCGUAGCAUGGGGCUAUUGGCAGAGGCUUAUGUGUAUUAUUACCCUUAUCAGCCAGCAAUAACUGGAAACGCCGCCUUACGGCCUAAUGAUGAUAUGAGCCUAGGUUCCGGUUCCUCAAUAUUCAUAAUAAAUAAAUCGUAUGCUCUUGUGCCAAUACGCAUUGCGAGGCCAGGUUGAAGAAUACAAAGUCAGCAAGCUACUAUGUAAGAAGUCUUGAGCCUGAAACCUGAGCGGCCUCCACACCCACUAUACACUCUGCUAGCGUUAAGAGUAUUUAAAUAGUAUCUAUCCCAUCAACAGUCAAGGAUCU